GCCUCUGUCCCCUCUCUCUUCCUUACCCAUCCAGUUACAUAGCAUUUGAAUCUGUUGAGUCAAACUUCACAGCUUAGUAACCAUGAGGAAACAGACACAUGGCGUUCUGUUGGCCUGUGUGGUCAUCAGCUCCAUUACUGUGUUCUAUCUGGGCCUUAGUGCAAUGGAAUGCCCAAGCAACCAAUCAGGAAUCUCCUCUCAGAGUGCCUGGGCAUCUCAUCCAUACGCCAACAGGAACUCGAGUGAUGCUCUGCUACUCCCUGUGGAGUACAAUGAGGAUACCCCAUUCAUUUUCGUUGGAGGAGUCCCACGCAGUGGCACGACUCUGAUGCGAGCCAUGUUGGAUGCCCACCCUUAUGUCCGCUGCGGAGAGGAGACCCGCGUCAUCCCUCGUCUGCUGGCCAUGCGCGCGACCUGGAGCCGCUCAGCGCGUGAGAAGGUCCGUCUGGACGAGGCUGGAGUCACGGAUGAGGUCUUAGACUCAGCCAUUCGCGCCUUUCUGCUGGAGAUCAUCGUCGGCCACGGUGAACCUGCCCCACGUCUCUGCAACAAGGACCCCUUUGCUCUAAAGUCUCUGUCCUACCUCGCCCGGCUCUUCCCCAGAGCCAAGUUUGUCCUGAUGCUCCGUGAUGGCAGGGCCACGGUGCAUUCCAUGAUCUCACGGAAGGUCACCAUCACUGGGUUUGACCUGACCAGCUACAAGGACUGUCUGGCCAAGUGGAACCGGGCGGUGGAGAUGAUGUACGAUCAGUGUCUGUUGGCAGAGAAGGGCAGCUGUCUGCCUGUUUACUACGAGCAGCUGGUCCUGUACCCAGAGAGAGUGAUGCGACAGCUGCUACAGUUUCUCGGAUUGCCAUGGAAUUCUGCUGUACUUCAUCAUGAAGAGCUCAUCGGCAAAGCUGGUGGUAUCUCACUAUCAAAAGUGGAACGAUCAACUGACCAAGUGGUAAAUCCAGUGAACACAGAAGCCCUGUCUAAAUGGGUGGGUAAGAUCCCUGAUGACGUGAUGAAGGACAUGGCUCAUGUUGCCCCGAUGCUCAGCCGACUGGGAUACGACCCACAGGCUAACCCCCCAGACUAUAGCAAGCUCAAACCAGUAUCUGCAGCCACCACCAAACGGGUUCAGCCAAGUUUGAAGACAAAUGGACAGACUGAAAAUGACGCUGAUGGGUAAUAGUUGGUAUGCUCUUGGUGGUAGAUGAGCACAUCAGUUCACACUUCCUAUAAACACACACACAAAAAAAAGCUUUGUUAGCCUCAGAAAGAACAGUGUUCUGAACAGGAU